CGCAAGGGAUGGCGAGUCAUAGAGCGCUGGUGCACGUGCACAGCGUGCGCACGGGAGCGGAGAGCCUGCCCAUCACUCUCGGCGGCGGCCUGGCGCCCGAAGAGGGCCAUUUCUUCGGCCACGGCAUGUUCCACCGGCCUCUCCAGCCAGAGGUCAACCACGUCGAGUGCAAGGCGCAGGACCUCCCCCUCUCUGUCGAGGCCGUCCUCGGCCCGACCAGCAGCAGCCACCCCACAAGCCGGAAGCGAGCCGUCCUGUGGUGUCACUAUGCACACCACCCUGAAGCCUUGGAGAGGAUCUCCAAGUGCUGUCAGGAGGACGGCUUUGCGCUGUCCAAGAUCGAGCUGGACACGCACCACACCGGCAAUGGCGACAAGGCCAGCCUACGGCUCGAGGUGGAGCCCUUCCCCCAGCCCGACACAGACGACCCUCCCCCUGGCCCUCCCUCUCCCCCUCACCCUACCGGCCCCUACCCCCUCCUCCCCCCUCAGCCUGUCGCACCAGCCCGCGACAAGUGCAUCGCGAGGGACGGCUGGGGACAAGACGACGUGCAUCGGCUGCUGAUGCUCCGGGAGCGACUCAAGGAGGUCAUCCGCGUGCCGAGCGUGAGUGAGGGAUGCAUGGGAGAGACAAGGCCGAGAGGGGGAAGGGGGCAGAAGUGGAUGGACAGACAUUUGUUUCUGUCUGGUUGUGUCUUUCUCUUUAUUUGCCAUUCAGGAUGACGAGAUCAUCGCCCAGUCGCGAUGGAUGAGCCUGAGCAAGCUCUUGGACGCCCCCGACUGCAUCGGCACCAUGCGGAGCUUCGAGCUCCACCUGCAAGAGCCCACCCACGACAGGUCUGCGGGCGACAUCCCGUGGGUGGCGCAGGUCAUGGAGCUGCUGCGGAGCUAUGGGGUGGGGGUCAAGAGUCUGCGGCUGCUGCCAAGGAAGAGCGGCUUCGUGAGCGGAUACCUGUACCUGAAGCCGACUCGACUGGUCCGUGCACUGCUGCUGGGCAGGUGAGUGGAUGGGCACACUGGCGGGCGGGGAAGUUGCAUAGAAUACGCGUGUCUGUUUGGGUGUUGGUGAUGGCUGGUUGUCAGUGAGUCCAAGUUCCGGGAGUACGUCUCGGACAUGGUCGCUGAGAUGCUGCGCAUCGAAGGCUGCCGACCCGACGGCAUCGCAGAGCCCACAGGCAACGGGUACACGCAGACAGACAUGCACACUUUCCCUCUCACACAUCUUCCCUUUCUCCAUCUGCCAUUGUCAGCACACUGUCGCCCAUCGUCGAGAUCCCCCCAGCCAUCACACCCGCCCCCGCCCCUGUCCAUAAUGCGCCACCUGAGGCGCCACCUGCGACGUCAGAGGGCCAGCAGCGGCCGAUGGACGGCAGGUGGGUGAGGGCGCCCGAGGAGCCGCAACGGCAGCAGGACAGGGCCGAGGGCGACGACCACGGGGAGGGCGCGGCGGCGACAUGGACAGCAGAUGGCACUGAGGGGCAGGAGUCCUCUCCAUCUGCCUCGGGCUCUUCGCCCGACAAGCCGACGUUGAGUUCGCUCGACUCGGCGCUGACUGUGUCCACCACGACGACGACGACGCGCCACACCACCGUGUCGCCGCGGCACUCGUCCGACACGGGCAGGAGCAGCGACGCCAGCUUCCGUGUGGGCCAGGGCACCAAGGUGGACGUCUACAUGCACACCGACACGAUGGAGAACAUCGAGCUGUGCUGCCACAAGACACGGGAGGACAUCGGCGCCUUCAUGGAGCAGUCCGACACCGGCAAGUUCAUCACCAUGAUGGGCAAUGCCGUCGGAGGCUGGGGCAGGAGCGUGUGGGGCCUCGCACAGAGGGUGGGCCAGUGGGAGGGAUUGGACUGGCAGUGGGGAUGAGCCAGUGCGACUCUUGAGUGAGCCAGCCAUUGGGGCGGGCGCCUCUCUCUGGCUGGCAGGGCAGUUUUGUUUUUGGGGCGUGGGAG